AUGCAGACGUUCUACUCAAAUAAGGCUGCAGCAGCAGAGAGCCGUGGGGCGGUGUGUGGCACUUGCAUGAGCAGACGUAGAGAUUUAGGCGAUGAGUAUUCACACUCUGAUAAUUCAUCAGAUAUCUCAAACGCCAUCUUUGCUCCACACAAUAACGCAGCGAAGUUUCAGAUGUUCAAUCACAGGAGAUACGAGCGAGAAUACCGGUCUCUGUCUGCCGCGGCCCGCAUCCGGUGA